UGACUCUUUUGUACUUUGUAUGUGGAACUGGCUGACAACUUCAACGUCAACCAAUCUCUUACAUCUCUUUCAAUAGCUUUCGGCUGUUGCCAUCCCCAGGAUUUGAGGAAAGACUUUUGAUAUAUCUAUACAGGAAGAAUACAUGGUCUGGCACUAGGUUUCUUGUACAAGUUGCUUCACAAAAUUGCCAACACGGUAAUACCUUAGCUAGAAGACUUUGUCAACUCCCUUGUCACCUUUCACAUCCAUCACAUACACAUCUCACUCGUCAGUACGGAUAUCUCGACACCAACCCCCUCUUUCACAGCCUAUCCCCUUCUCAUCAUAUCUCGAUUGGCAUCCCUCUUACACUCCAUGUCACUCAGAUACCAAGCAUCAAGCCAAAUAAACAGAGUCCCCAGAAGAGACUCUUGAAACCCAAAGAAGAAAAUGUUUGACCAACUCCCAGACGACAUCGUCUUGGAGAUCGUCUCCCAUCUCAGUACCGCACGCGACGUAGCGCGCCUAGCAUCGUCGUGUAAGCAUCUCCACUCCCUCCUCAACGAGAACGGCUGGCGCACCUUCGUCAGGACCUGCUUUCCCCUGCACUCCCUGCCACAAGGCAAGACUCCGCCCAAAUGGAAUGAGCUGGCAAACACCCUCACCCGCCAGGCCCGCGCAUGGGACAUGAAGGCCUUCCAGACCACCGCCUACACGGACGACCGCCGCCGGGACGGAAACUACUUCACGGGCUUCACUAACGCCGGCCGUCCCUUCUACCCUGUCAUCGAUGCUCGCCUCGUCUUUGACAAGAGCUGGGAGCUUGCCACGUGGGGCGCUGGCGAGGACGUCGUGGGCCGCUUCAGGCCUCACAACAGUCGCGGCGAGUCCGACGCCUGGUUCCGUAUGGAGGGCAAGACGAACGGCUACGAUGCGGGCGUGGGCGACGUCACCGCCAUUCACCUGACCGAGCCCAACGGGAAGCUAGGCAUCCUCGUCGGCAGGGCGAAUGGGGAUUUGCAGCUCGUCUCGUCGGCCCCUGGUAGCGCCGGCAAGGCCCUCUCGACCUUUAAGAUUCCUACGCCCACCGGAGGUCUCGAGGCUACUACGUGGACGUCUAUCGGGUCCAUUGAUACCUUACCGAACCAGACGUCAGUGAUCGCAGGCAACCGCGCCAUCGUCAGUCUCUUCUCCUUGGACGCAGACGAGACCGGCGCCGCCACCACCGUCCCGCUCGAUUCGCAGACCUUUGACGUCCCAGGCCAAGGGGACAAGAAGCAGUUCAUCCACUCGGCAAAGGCCCUCAACAACGACACCAUCGUCUGCGCCCUCUCCAAUGACACGGACCCGAUCCGCUACCUCACCGUCACCCCCUCAGGCUUCACCCCCAACCUCGCCUCCAAGAACAAUUCUCUCCUCGCCUCCCGCGGUAUCGACACAGACAAGAGACAGACCGUCCGCGCCAUCCAGCCCGUCAACUCGAGCCCCACAGGCGCAAGCCACACGAACCUCCUCCUCAGCGCCUGGGACGACGGCACCAUCCGCCUCCUCGACAUCCGCACCCCGUCUCCCUACGACGUCCUCUACCGCGACAUGUACCAGCCCUUUGAGACGCACUCGUCGCUGCUGACCUACGGCUCGGACCACUUUGUCGCGGGCAGCAACGAGCUCGAGGCCCUCAAAGUAUUUGAUUUCCGGUGGUCCAAAUCCUACCACCACUCCGCCGCCCUGCCGUGCUGGUCCGGCACGCCGUUCCCGGACCCUCUGCGGGGCACUAGCAGCCGCUCCCUGAGCAUGCGCGGUGUCGGUUGCGAUCACCCGCGCGGGAGGGCCUGCGUCUGGCACGAGUACUCUCGGCGGGAUUACUACCGUCCCAACUACCGCUUCCACAUCAUGCCCUUCCGGGACGCGGCCCGGUCGUCGACGAGCCGGGUUUUCUCUCUGGCGAAAGCGUCUGACGCAUCGGACUCGUUUUACGUCGGGCUCGCGGGCGCCGUGGCUGAGUUUGCUACUACCGUCCCGGGCGAGGCGGAGCAGGACGAGGUCGCGGCGUCCGUGGCGGCGGCGGCGGCGAAGAGGGGUUGGAGGGCGCGAGCGUCGCAUUUCAGUUUCGCUGAGACGGACGACGGGUUGCUGACGCCGGGGAUGUCGAUGAGCACCUUUAUGCCGAGGCUUGCGCAGCGGUUCGGGGACGAGGUUGGCGCGCCGCAGUUCCGGGAGUGGUGGAGUAAGACGCCGCCCAAGACGGCGGCGUGGCAUCGGUGGGAUCCGAGCUUUUGGCGGCCGACGCAUUUUACUUUUUGAGGGUUGGAAAUAUAGAAAGAAAGAUUUCUGAGGAGUUUUGAUAGUUGAGAAAAAGGGAUCAGUAAAAAGACACGGAGAAGGGAAAAGUUAUGGCAAAAGAGGAUUAGCCAUAGUCGAAAGAAAAAUACCCGCAUAGUCUUGAUAUGACCGGGCCGUACAUAGCACUCAGACAGAGUUUAGAAUACAGUCAAAUCCACACAGAUAUACAGUAAUCACCAAGAAUCAAUCGGUUCAUGGUAUUGACCGCAGUAACUUCGCCGUUGUUUAAAACAGUCGCUCCUCACUAGAUACGCAUCUCCAGUUAUCACUCCGCAUCGCCGCCCUACCACAUCCCCCAUGCCCUCUUCCCCCUUCUCCCCUCAACCACCGCACGGAAGGGGGAUUGUAUUAUUGCAAAAAAAUGAAAGAAUCAGAGGAAGAAGGCAAAAAAGAAAAAGUAUGUAUAAUUCAUAUAGAAAAAGGGAUGAAAAUGCAAAAGCUCAGCCUCCCUCACGGG